AUGUCGAAAAUCACCGAGAUCGAGAGCGAUGCCCAGUGGGAACAGCUGCUGGGCUCGCUCCCUGCAAGCACUUUGCUCAUCGUCUCCUUCCAUGCGCCAUGGGCUGCCCCCUGCGCGCAGAUGAAGACCGUCCUCGAGACGUUGGCCGCCGAAUACCCUGCGAACGACCCCCCCUCGACGAAAUGGGUGUCCAUCAACGCGGAAGAGCUGAGCGACAUUAGCGAGACGUACGACGUCACGGCAGUCCCCUUCUUGGUGUUGAUACGGAAUGGGCAGGUGCUCGAGACAGUCAGCGGGAGCAGCGCAGUCAAGGUGCGAACGGCGAUCGAGACACACGCAAACCGGACAGAUGCCGCGGGUGCAGCCACUAGCAGCGUGGCGAACGGGCCCGAGCAGGUGGCAGCGCCCAAGGUCGAGGAGCCCAGCGCACCGGUAGACCCAGAGAAGGCCAAGGAGGAGCUGAGCAAGCGUCUGGCAGAUCUUGUCAAGGCGGCGCCAGUGAUGUUGUUCAUGAAGGGAACGCCCAGUGGCCCGCAGUGCGGCUUCUCGCGGCAGCUCGUGGCCAUACUUCGGGAGAAUUCUGUCAAGUACGGCUUCUUCAACAUUUUGGCUGACGAUGAGGUGCGGCAAGGGCUCAAAGAGUUUGCCGACUGGCCGACAUACCCUCAACUAUGGAUUGAUGGCGAGUUGGUGGGAGGUUUGGACAUUAUCAAGGAAGAACUGGGCAACGACCCUGAUUUCUUCAAACCCUACAGUGUUGAGGCCUCGGCGGCUUAA